CUCAAGCCACAUUUUAAAAACACAGGCGUUUCAUCUCCAGGAGGACAACGUAUUUCAAAACGCCCAGACAGAGAAAAAACACUUGUCACAGUGUACAAUGGCUCAGGACGGGGUGAUCCUACAAUUCAACUUUCCAACGUUUGGGGACUCCAUGCUCCAAAAGAUGGAUGCUCUUCGUAGAGACCGACGCUUCUGCGAUGUAAUCGUCCGCAUCAAUGACUUAGAAGUGCCUGGACACAAAGUGGUAUUUGCUGCUGGCUCCCCAUUCCUUAGAGACCAGUUUUUCCUUCAGGACUCGCACGAAGUACAAAUAUCUACACAGCAGGACGCAGAUGUUGGACAGAGACUUCUUCUCUCCUGCUACACUGGGACACUUGAGUUUCCUGAGCUGGAAUUAGUACACUAUUUAACUGUUGCUAGCUUCCUACAGAUGGGACAUAUUGUAGAGCAGUGCACUGAAGCUCUAAAUAAAUUCAUAAAACCUCAUGAGGUCAAAGAUGAGCGUGGAUCAUCUCGGCAGCUGUCGGAUUUUAACGCACAGCAUGCCCCACCUGUUGUGGAGACACUGUGUGAUGAAGAUGAUGAGGUGGACAAUGAUGGGGAAGAUGACUUGGAGGAGGAUGAUGAUGAUGAUGAUGUGAUCAUAGAGCCAAAAUCUCCGCCAAUGUUCAGAAACUGUCAGAACAGGAGCAGAGAAGACAGUCCCAUUAGCAUUGUUAAGGUGGAGUCAAUAGAUAACCGAAUGCAAGGCAUCACUGAUAACUUCCAGACUCGCUCGACUCGUUCUCCAACACUCCGCUCACCAGAGCCGCAACACUCCCUGAUAAACUCCACAGUGGAAACCCGCUCCACUGAGAUUUCGGUUAACCCUGCGGCUGAAUAUUCUCUCCCCCCACCAGGGCCCAGUGGGUCUGGGAAGGGUAACCUUUGGGGAUGCUCCAGGAAUGUCGACAAAGGCAUGCAGUGGUACCACCAGUGCCCAAAAUGUGCCCGUGUGUUCCGUCAACUGGAAAACUACGCCAAUCACUUGAAGAUGCACAAGUUGUUUAUGUGCCUCUUGUGUGGAAAGACGUUUACUCAGAAAGGAAACCUGCACCGGCACAUGCGUGUGCAUGCUGGCAUCAAGCCCUUCCAAUGUAAAAUAUGUGGAAAGACUUUCACUCAGAAGUGCUCACUGCUGGACCAUUUGAACCUUCACAGUGGGGACAAACCACACCGUUGUAAUUACUGUGACAUGGUGUUUGCACAUAAACCAGUUCUCCGCAAACACCUGAAGCAGAUCCAUGGCAAGAACAGUUUUGACAAUGCUAACGAAGGGAGUUUGCUGGAAGGGCUAUAAAUUAAUAGACAAAUCUAAAACUAUUAUAUUAAUAUACACAAGACACACGUUCGUCUUGGAGAUACAGGCAAUUCUGUGAAUACAUAUUACUAGUAGGGUGGCACAAUUAUGACAAAAAUCAUAAUUAUGAAUUAUUUCCCUUGAUAUUGUAAUUGCGAUUAAUUUUGAUUAAUACAAUUUACAUUAAAAUACGUGGAUCAACCGCAUGCCAUAUUUUUUUGUGUAGGCUACAGUUCCAAAACAAGCCGAGAACUGUUUCUGAAUUGCUUUUUAGCUGUUUUAUCAGUAGGAUGAAAAACUAAUUGAUUUUUAACAAAUUUCAAUUAUACACAGAAAGCGAACAACAGACUUGUUUGUGACUGGUUAAAAUGCUCUACUUCUUCAAAAACACACAUUAAAUAGAAAAUUCAAAAAAACACAUUAAAUAGAUGCAACAUGAGUAGACCUACAUAGAGUGCUUAUAUUGAAACUUCUCAUGAUUAACAGUUAAUUGUGGCAGCUGUAAUUGUAAUCUCGAUUAAUUAUUCGAUUAAUCAUGCAGCCCUAAUUACUAAUAAGAGUAUUCAAAAUUGAACAAAAUCACUUGUGUGCUAAUUGUUCAGUAUGUGUGGAUUCAAAGUCAGGUUUAUUGUCAUUUUUUCACAUUUCAGUCAAAGGGAGAAAAACAGUAUGUAGUAUUGAAUGCUGUUGUGGCAUUAUUUCACCGGGUCAUAUCUUUUGUAAAGAUUACAAUGUACUGUUACAGUAUAUCUAACAGACCAUAUUUUGUUUUUGACCAAGUCAACAGUGUAAUUCUAGCUAUUUGAAUGAGUGCUGAUUAUUACUUACUCAUUUGGAAACACAAGCUAUAUUUGGACACUAUGUGUAACUCUUUGUCUAUACUGAAUGUUUUCAUACUUUCAUCAGUGUAAACAUGCGAUAACUUCAAGAAGUUUUGUGACUUAUUAAUAAAUAAAGUCAGAUACUGAAUGAAAUGUGCAUUCCUGUGGGUGUUGGAAACUAAAUGAUUAUAUUGCUAUAUGGAUGAAAAAAGGAGGACAGCAAGCCAGUAUUCAUAGUAUAAUGCAGAUUAAAGCAUUCAAAUGUCAAGAUUGGGUGCAAUGGUGUUUAUUUCUUUGAGGCAGUCUAUCUCAAGUGGUCCAAAAAUGGUUGCUUGACCAUUUUUAAUUUUCCUAUUUUUUUUUUUUUUUUUUGAGUGAUUAUGUCUAUGUAUUGGUAUUGCAAAACCACCAGUUUUUUAUUUUAUUUUAAUUGGUUUAACCCCGGGGGCCAUCUUUGUGUCAUGGGACAUGACAAAUUUCUGUUAUUCAGCUGUUUACGGAAACCUCAAUAUCUCGGCUCAGGAUGGAGCUAGCUCCUUGGAACAAAAACUGAUCUCUAGAGUACAUUACAAGAUACAUGUAUAAACAUUUUGCACAUUCUU